AUGGGUACUGUCUAUAUGUUCAAUGUCUCCCAUGCUGAAGACAAGAUUCAGUUGCAGAAGGGUUUUGAGUCAUGGAGAAUAAAUCUCCAUAGCUGGUGGAAGGCUUUCACAGGAAUUACACAGCAGCAAGCUGACUCUCCAGAAGACAACUCAGUCGAAGGGGAGACAGGCGGAGUGGAUAUAAAGUUAGAAGGACUUGAUCCAUAUCCACCGCUCAUACGACCCCGCUACAUGCAUCGAGAUUCUAGCAUUGAAAACCUUGAAAGUGGGGUGGCGGAAGGGCUUCAAUUUCUGGGUCCAUUGAAAUCCCUACUUCAGAAAUACUCCCGCCAACCAUCAGAAAAUAGAUGGCUGAAGCAGAUCGAGGAGCUUGAAAAGAGAGCUGUGUCCGCUCGAGUCAUUAUCGGCGUUGUCGGAACUACAGGGGCAGGUAAAUCGUCGUUAAUCAACGCAAUUUUGGAUGAGGAGCGUUUGGUCCCGACAAAUAGUAUGCGUGCCUGUAUAGCCGUCGUGACUGAGAUAUCUUUCAACCAUUCACCAAACCGUUACAGAGCAGAGAUCGAGUUUAUUUCCUUGGCAGAGUGGGAAGAAGAAUUAAAUUUAAUUUUCGGCGAUAUUAAACUCGAGAAUCAACAAACCAGAGAUAAUUCCGAUUCUGCAAUUGCUUGUGCGAAAGCGACUGCCGUAUACCCUGACAUCCCGGACAUUCUUAAGUCGUCGAUCAAAGAGCUUUUGGUCCACGAAAAUGUGUCAAAUCUUCUAGGGAAAACGGUUGAAUUCGCCGAGGAUGAUCCGGUUUUAUUCUACACCAAACUUCAAAAGUAUGUGGACAGCAAAACCCAAACCCGACGCAAAGGUAUGAACGGCAAAAGCAAAGCCAAUGACCGAAAGGACAUGAAAUUUUGGCCUUUGAUACGCGUAGUUCGCUUGUACGUCAAGGCCCCUGUUCUUGCGACCGGAGCUGUUAUUGUGGAUUUGCCUGGUACGCAGGACGCUAAUGCAGCAAGAGCUGCAGUUGCGUCACGAUACAUCGAACGCUGCUCAUCUCUUUGGAUCGUGGCUCCCAUAACUCGAGCAACAGAUCCCAAAUGGACGGCGCUCUUCAUUUGUUCGAAAACGGAUGAUAUUAACUUAUCAGAAAUUGUUGUUGAUUUUGACGACAUAGUCGAUGAGCCGUUUUCGACUCCGGAUAUUCCUGAAAUCUCCAUUACACGCCUAGAAGAGCAACUCAGAGCCCUGAAAGAGGAGCGCACGGAACUUGUUAUAUCAAUCGAUGAGCUUUGCGAAGAAAUGGCUACUCUGGGAUGCGAUUUCGAUUUACUGAAGAGCACUGAUGGUUCUCCGAAAAGAAAUUUUGUCGAUGGGGUUCGGCAAUUGGACGAGGCAGAUGCGGAAGAGGAGAGUUUUGAUCCUAGUGUUGACCUCAGGGAUUAUGAUCAGGUUGCUAGAGCUCUUCCAGUCUUUUGUGUGUCCUCCAAAGCGUAUCAAAAGUUGAAGGGCAGACUUCGUCGUGACCAUGCCGUUAAGGCAUUCUGCAACCCCGAAGACACUGAGAUACCAGAUCUCCAAGCUCAUUGUCUGAGCUUGACGAUCGCCCAACGCACAUCUGGCUGCGAUUCCGCUAGGGGUCCUUCAGAUUCCCUAUGCGAGGAGCGCCAAAGAAAUGACCCUCUUUUCUUGCAAAAUGGACUGGAUAUCCUCCAACAAGGCCUAGAGAAUUUAACUGGAGAAGUUUUGGCAGAAAUUACUAGUGCCGUCGAGGAUAACAUUUUUGAUAAAUUUGGUGCGUCUCCCCGGCUCCCGCCUUUUAGAAAUGCUAUUCCAGCUUGCAACGAAGCUGGCAAAGCCCUUGCGCAAUGGAACCGCUCGCGCAAGGUCUCUCCAGAGGGUCUUGCUUGGAAUACUUAUAAAGCGAUUUGCAGACGCCAAGGGGUUUACAAACACCAUGACUGGAAUAGCACCUUGAUCCGACCUAUGAUGCCAGUUCUUGCGGUUGGUUGGGAACGUUCCUUCUCACGCCUAAUCCCCAAAAUUUUAACCCGAUAUUCCAAAACAACAUAUGGCUAUGUGAAAGCCUUGUAUGCGAGCCUCGAACCUCGUAUCUCCGCUGGGGCAGUGGGUUCGAAAAUAGCAGAGAAGCUGAAGGUUCAACUCCCAACCUAUCGGGCUUCAUUCAAGGAGCUAUCCGCCGCGAGUAGCAAAAUUUUAUGCGAAAGCCACAAGGCCGCAAACCGUGCUUUCGUUCCGAUAAUUGCUGCUGAGUUGGGAGAAGCCUAUGAAGGCUGUGGAUCUGCAAUGGGGCGAGGGGUUUACCUACGCAUGAAAGAUAUCAUGACUCAACAUGUGGAAAAACGCAGACACGAAAUGUUUCACAAAAGCACAGAACACGUCAAGUCCGAACUCGAAGGCAGUAUCCAGUCCGUUAGGGAUUAUUUGGCCAUGGAAACCGAAAAACUCUUCCAGAAGAUUAGCUGGGACUACAAAAAUGCAUUUGAGAAAUCGCAGACUGCUGAGGAGAAGACGCUGAACAAAGAACUCAGGAAGCUUCUCCAAAUGUGA